UCAAGUUCUCGCUCCGAGUUCCGACAAGUGUCUCUCUGUCUUUGAUGCCCCGUUCUACGGUCUACCUACUUAACGUCGUCGCCUCGUCUUGUUUGACUUUCCUUCAUUCCAGUCGGCUUUCCUGAUCUCUCGGUCUCGCCGGCAUUUCAACGAAUCUUCAAAUACCGGCGGCAGAGCCAACAUCCCAUUCCCGUCUGCGCAUCCCAUCUUGCACCUGAACCAAAGAUGGGAGAACCUCUCCAGGACAUGCACAUGCCCGAUGGCGUGGGACCUGGGUCUCUUAACGCGAACAAACUCUUCUUGGGAAACUUUGUUCACUCCAAGACGAGGGAGGAGCUUGAAUACCUGCACUCUGCAGGCGUUUUUGUCGACACGACAGGCGUCAUCGUCGCCAUCGAGCCGGAAUGCGACCUGGCAAAAGCACGGGAGCAUGUCUUCCCCCGGUUAGGUUGGGAGAGUGAACAUGUCCAGGUGGUUGCUUGCAAGCCGGGGCAGUUUUUCUUCCCUGGAUUCAUUGACACACAUAUCCACGCCUCGCAAUAUCCCAACGCAGGCAUCUUCGGCAAGUCCACCCUCCUCGACUGGCUGAAUACCUACACAUUCCCCCUGGAAGCCUCCCUCUCCGACCUGAACAAGGCUCGGCGCGUCUACACCGCUUGCGUGCGCCGCACCCUCUCCCACGGCACCACCACAUCGGCCUACUACGCCACCAUCGACGUCGCCGCCACCAACCUCCUCGCAGACAUCUGCCUCGCCCUAGGCCAGCGCGCCUUCAUCGGCCGCGUCUGCAUGGACCACGCCGACCUCUGCCCCUCCUACUACCGCGACGAAUCCCCCGCCGCCUCCCUCGCCGCCGCCCGCGCCUCCAUCGCCCACAUCCGCACCAUCGACCCCGACUUCUCCCUCAUCUCCCCGAUCCUCACCCCCCGCUUCGCCCCGUCCUGCACCUCCGACUCCCUCCGCGGCCUGGCCGCCCUCCACGCAGAGACGGACCUACCGAUCCAGACCCACAUCUCGGAAAACCUCCCCGAGAUCGACCUCGUCCGCUCCCUCUUCCCCGGCUCGUCCUCCUACGCGGCCGUGUACGACGACCACGGCCUCCUCACGCCGCGCACCGUCCUCGCCCACGCCGUGCACCUCUCCGACGAGGAGGCCGACCUCGUGGCCCGCCGCGGCGCCAAGGUGUCCCACUGUCCCGCGAGCAACAGCGCCCUCACGUCCGGCACGGCGCGCGUGCGCCGGCUCUGGGAACGCGGCGUCGAGGUCGGCCUCGGCACGGAUGUGAGCGGCGGGUAUAGCCCUUCCGUGCUCGAGGCGGCGAGGCAGGCGAGCUUGGUGUCGAGGCAUGUGGCCAUGGGGCUGGCUGAGGGAAAAAACAGGGAGACGGCCAAGCUGACGGCGGAGGAGGUGCUGUUCUUGGCCACGAGGGGCGGGGCUAGGGUGCUUGGGCUGGAUGAUGCGGUGGGUGGGUUCGAGGUUGGGAAGCAGUGGGAUGCGCAGCUUGUCGGGCUGGCUGUCGUGGAUGACAUGGGGGAGACGGAGACCCAUGACGGGAAGGGAGGGGAUGAUGCGGGGAAUGUGGAUAUCUUUGGGUGGGAGACCUGGGAGGAGAGGAUCGCCAAAUGGCUCUUCAAUGGGGAUGAUAGGAAUACGAAGAUGGUUUGGGUGAGGGGGCGUUUAGUCCACUCUCGGCAGUAGACGUAGAGGUGGGAAGCAUUAUUUGAUAGAAGGUGGCUGAACAUGGGGCAAGAGGGUCAUCAUCUAUACAGGUACAGGGCAGCUAUGUAGAUUUUAGAAGUAGACCAGUGAUAUUACAGUGACGACAACCCGAAUCAAGACGCAAU